AUGAGGCCCCAGCUGAGCCGGGCAGGGCCGGGGAGAGGCAGCCCGGGGUCCUUGCCUGGGGUCCUGCCUAGGAGCAUCUCUGCUGCGGGAGGCACCGGCUCCYUCCUUUCCCAUGGAAAGCACUUGCUCUGGGCCCCUGGGAGGCCCUUCCUCACCCUGGUGCUGCUGGUUUUCAUCAAGCAAGCCACAGGAUCUCUCCUUGAGGAGACAACUCGGAAAUGGGCUCAGUACAAAGAGAAGUGUCUGAAAGAUUUACUUAAGAAACCUUCUGGCAUAUUUUGUAAUGGAACCUUUGAUCAGUAUGUGUGCUGGCCUCAUUCUUCUCCUGGAAAUGUCUCUGUUCCCUGCCCAUCAUAUCUACCUUGGUGGAAUGAAGAGAGCUCAGGAAGAGCCUACAGACACUGCUUGGCUCGGGGAACUUGGCAGACCCUAGUGAACACCACAGAUAUUUGGCAGGAUGACUCCGAAUGCUCCGAGAACCACAGCUUCAAACAAAACGUGGAGAAUUACGCCUUGCUGUCCACUCUGCAGCUGAUGUACACGGUGGGAUACUCCCUCUCCCUUAUCUCCCUCUUCCUGGCUCUCACCCUCCUUUUGUUCCUUCGAAAGCUCCACUGUACACGUAACUACAUCCACAUGAACUUGUUUGCUUCAUUCAUCCUGAAAGCCCUGGCUGUGCUGGUGAAGGACGUUGUCUUCUAUAACUCUUACUCCAAGAGGCCAGACAAUGAGAGUGGGUGGAUGUCCUAUCUGUCAGAGAUGUCCACCUCCUGCCGCUCCGUCCAGGUUUUCCUGCACUACUGCGUGGGUGCCAACCACUUAUGGCUGCUGGUCGAAGGUCUUUACCUCCAUGCCCUGUUGGAGCCCACGGUGCUUCCUGAAAGGCGGCUGUGGCCCAGAUACCUGGUGGUGGGUUGGGCCUUCCCUGUGCUGUUUGUGGUGCCCUGGGGUUUCGCCCGUGCACACCUGGAGAACACGGGAUGCUGGGCAACAAAUGGAAAUAAGAAAAUCUGGUGGAUCAUCCGAGGACCCAUGAUGCUUUGUGUAAUGGUUAAUUUCUUCAUCUUCCUGAAAAUUCUCAGGCUUCUCAUUUCUAAGCUGAAAGCCCAUCAAAUGUGCUUCAGAGAUUAUAAAUACAGACUGGCAAAAUCAACACUGGUCCUCAUUCCUUUAUUGGGUGUCCACGAGAUCCUCUUCUCUUUCAUCACUGAUGACCAAAUCCAAGGAUUUUCAAAACUCAUACGACUCUUCGUUCAACUGACAUUGAGCUCCUUCCACGGGUUCCUCGUGGCCUUGCAGUACGGCUUUGUCAAUGGAGAGGUGAAGGCUGAACUGCGGAAGUUCUGGGCCCGCUUCUUGCUCGACAACCACUCAGGCUGUGGAGCCUGGGUCCUGGGGAAGAACUUCCGGUUCCUGGGGAAAUGUCCCAAGAAUCUCUCAGAUGGAGAUGGUGGCGAGACCCUUCGGAAGCUGAAGACCUCUCCUGGCGGCUCACACCUGGCCACACGGGGCCGGGGGGAGCUGGGUGCCCAUCCUCACCGGGGCCACACAGCCUGGCCCCGAGGCAGCAGCCUGUCGGAGAGCAGUGAGGGGGACUUCACCCUGGCCAACACCAUGGAGGAGAUUCUGGAAGAGAGUGAGAUCUAG